CUCGCCGCUGUCACUUGCCGUUACUGUUCGUCGUUGUCGUGGUUCAUCGUCACGCACGCAAAGAUGUUUCAUCUGCGGAAUCUCACGCGGUCGUCGAUCGCCCUGAAACAGGCGCCCGGUAACGACAUACAGAGCAUGCUGACGCGUGUCAUGCCGGCGACAACGGCUUGCCGCGGUUACGCUGACCACCAGAUCCCGGACCGUCUCAAGGACGUGGCCGAGGCGCCAAACCCACGAUUCUUCGACAUGGUGGAGUACUUCUUUCAUCGUUCCUGUCGAAUCGUCGAGGACAAGUUAGUCGAUGACAUAGGCAAGCGCUCACGUGUCCCUAUUGAGGAGCGCAAGAAGAAGGUCAAGGGUAUCCUGAUGUUAAUGGAACCCUGCGACCACAUUCUCGAAACUACGUUUCCGCUUAGACGCGACUCCGGCGAUUACGAGAUGAUUACCGGCUACCGCGCCCAACACUCUACCCACCGAACGCCUUGCAAAGGAGGUAUCCGUUUCUCGAUGGAUGUUUCGCGGGACGAAGUUAAAGCCCUGUCGGCCUUGAUGACAUUCAAAUGUGCGUGCGUCGAUGUGCCAUUUGGUGGCGCGAAGGCUGGAAUUAAAAUCAAUCCAAAGAAUUAUUCGGAACACGAACUGGAGAAAAUCACCAGAAGAUUUACAUUGGAAUUAGCGAAGAAGGGAUUCAUCGGACCUGGAGUAGAUGUUCCUGCCCCCGAUAUGGGUACCGGCGAACGGGAAAUGUCUUGGAUAGCCGAUACUUACGCAAAAACUAUCGGCCAUCUUGACAUCAACGCUCAUGCUUGUGUUACUGGCAAACCCAUCAAUCAAGGUGGCAUUCAUGGUCGUAUUUCCGCAACAGGACGUGGAGUGUUUCACGGAUUAGAAAAUUUCAUUAACGAAGCUAAUUAUAUGAGCAUGAUCGGUACCACGCCCGGUUGGGGAGGUAAAACAUUUAUCCUUCAAGGUUUUGGUAAUGUUGGAUUGCACUCUAUGCGUUAUUUACAUCGUGCGGGCGCCACAUGCAUAGGUGUGAUCGAACACGAUGGAUCCAUUUGUAAUCCAGAGGGUAUCGAUCCAAAGGAAUUAGAAGAGUACCGCAUAGAAAACGGUACUAUCGUUGGCUUCCCUGGGGCCAAGCCAUAUGAAGGCGAAAAUCUCAUGUACGAGCCGUGCGAUAUAUUUAUACCCGCUGCCAUAGAGAAAGUAAUUAACAAAGAGAAUGCUGGACGUAUUCAGGCUAAGAUAAUCGCAGAAGCUGCUAAUGGACCGACUACACCCGCCGCAGAUAAGAUUUUGAUCGAAAGGAAUAUCCUUGUAAUUCCGGAUUUGUACAUUAAUGCCGGUGGUGUCACGGUUUCAUUCUUCGAGUGGUUGAAGAACUUGAAUCAUGUGUCAUAUGGCCGUCUAACUUUCAAAUACGAAAGGGAAUCGAAUUAUCACCUCUUAGAAUCGGUACAAGAGUCUCUAGAGCGUAGGUUUGGUCGCGUUGGCGGCCGUAUUCCCGUUACGCCAUCCGAAGCCUUCCAGAAACGUAUAUCUGGCGCUUCCGAAAAAGACAUUGUCCACUCUGGUCUAGACUAUACAAUGGAAAGAUCCGCUAGGGCUAUCAUGAAGACUGCCAUGAAAUUUAAUCUCGGACUCGAUUUGAGGACAGCUGCAUAUGCCAAUUCGAUCGAGAAAAUAUUUACUACUUACUCGGAAGCUGGUCUUGCUUUCUAAAUAUUUUAGUCAUUAGAUCAUACGGUAACUAUCAUAUUAAUGAUAAUGACAGAGUCAGUUUUCAUUGUAUAAAUCGCAAAAGGUGAUCUUAAAUGUAUCAUCCAAAAGAUAUUCAUGAAUAGUUAAUGAUUAUGCCAAAUCGCAAAGCUAUCGAAAGCUUGCGAUGGAGGCAUAUCACUUGUCACAUUUUGCAUUGUGACGAUUUGCCUAGUUACACGUAGAGUCGCAUGGACCGGAUAUUGUGACACCAUUAAAUAAUGGAUCAAGAUAAUGUUCAAAGAAAAGUCGAUUAUCGACUGUUUUUUGUGUAGCAAAGUGGCAAAGGCCCAGGCCCAAUGCAUUUUUAUAUUGCACUUUUUAUGUAUAAGAUACAUUGUUAAUAUCGUUAUACGAAAAGCUGCCGUUGACAUAAUUUGUUAUUUAUAAAUAGGGAAUUUAUAAAUCGCUAUUUUUUUUCAAUGCCAUUUUAAUGAUAUUGUAUUUCCGAUUGCACUUUCAUAAAGAAAAUAUUUGUUUUUGUCCUAAACGACAAGAUAGACUCUCGCGGAACAAGGAGAGUGAUAAAUGAUAUAUCUGGUCAGAUACAUAUGAUGUUACGUGCAACAUGUGAUUGUUAUACAUAUGCGAUAUUCUGUUAAUAAAGAUACUCAAUUCUUUGAAAGUAAACUGUCUUUCAUAUAUUAUACAAAUAGAUAAAUACAUUAUUUAUGAUUGAAAUACAUCAUUGUCGCAUCAUGUAUAUAUUAAUUAACGUUAAAUGUCAUCGUAACCAGUAUGUAAUAUUUAUCGGUUACACUUUGCAAGUAUAAAAAUAAGAAACGAUA